UCAUAAUCUUUACCUUAUAUUUCUUAAUUAUCUCAUUCAUAAACAAAAUGGGUUCAAUAACUUUUAUGGAUGUGGGAAUCAUAUUUUUGUUGUCAUUAACAAUUAUACCCUCAUUAGCACAACAAGCUGCUCCUUGUUGGGAGAAUAUUACACCUUGUUUGGAAACUGCUAAAGCUCAAAAUUAUGCAUCGGCCGCGGUAGAACCUUGUUGUCCAGCUUUAUCAAGCGCUGUGACCGACGACACAUCGUGCUUUUGUCUCGCCAAGGCUGAUGUAGUUUCACAACACGCUGAACCUAUUUUUAAUGAGAUUUUGGCAACGUGCAGAAUUGCUGGAACUUUUGAAACAAUAUGCCCUGCACAAGAAGCUGCUCCUUGUUGGGAAAACAUUGGACCAUGUUUGGAAACUGCUAAAGCUCAAAAUUAUGCACCCGCUGCGCUACAACCAUGUUGUCCAGCUUUAUCAAGCGCUGUUAUGGAUGACACGACGUGCUUUUGUCUCAUCAAGGCUGAUAUACUUUCACAGCAUGCUGAACCUCUUUUUAAUGAUAUUUUGGCAACCUGUGGAAUUACUUCUACAUUGGAAACAAUAUGCCCUGAUGCAGGUACUCCUUCGUCAACCCCUAGAGAAUCUCCAUCAACCCCAGAUGAUGCAGAUGCUCCUUCGCCAACCCCAGAUGUUGCAGAUACUCCUUCGCCAACCCCAGAUGUUGCAGAUACUCCUUCGCCAACCCCGAGCGAAUCUCCAUCAACCCCAGAUGAUGCAGAUACUCCUUCGCCAACCCCGAGCCCAAGUUCAUCAAUCCCAGAUGAUGCAGAUAUUCCUUCACCAACCCCGAGCCCAAGUCCAUCAAUCCCAGAUGCAGAAACGGGAAACUAGUACUUCUGUCAAUGGUGCUGCCCAAACGGUCUCAACCAAAUCAAUUUCAGACAUGUUCAUGAUCAUAAAAAUAACUGUAUCGUUGUAGUGGAGCUCUGGAGAAGAAGGCGCAGAUGUUCUCUUCGUUAUUUUUUUUGCUUUGUAAUAAUGGGUGCUAAGUGAUGGCUCCUUUGCUUUUUUUUUUUUUUUUUUGAAUAUAAUUUAAUAAAAGUGUGUUGUAUGCUCUUGUUAAUAAAAUUUGGUUUUGGGCCACUA